UUGUUAAAUCACAAUGAUUUAUUCAGUAACAUUAAAACAAAAACAUGACAUUAUUGAAAAACUUAAUUAGAUUUUUGUUUAUUUCAAAUUAAAAAUGGAUUGGAUUCAUUGCAAUAAUUGUAUUACUCAAUUAGAACCCGGAAUAACUCUUCAUUUAACGUCAUGUGGUCAUAUGUUUUGCAACAAUUGCCUGAACAAUGGUUUGAAAGAAGGCAUUUGUCUUGUUUGCAAAGUACCAUGUUCUAUUAUGAAACUGGCCCCGGACAUGAAUCAAGAAAUUCAAGAUUAUUUUACAGAUCCCGAUGAUUUAUUGAAAAAAUGCUGUGAAGUUUUAGAAUUUCAAAGACGGCAUAGACGCCGCUUACUUUCUUAUUUGUUACAAUCGACGAAGAAGUUCUACGCCGCAAGGACGGAGCUGAAACGGAUGACGGAGCUCUGUCAGAAACAGCACAAACAAAUAAAAGAGUACCAAAAGAUGUUUAAGAGAAUGGAGACCCAGAACUCUACACUGCCAAGACAAACGUCGCCAUUCAACGUGCCAAUUUCCCCGGGCAACAAUAUCUCUCCCGGAUACAUCCAGUCAACGCCUACCUAUAAGCGACCGGCCAAAAGCACUCCGUAUAGCCAACCGUAUCAGACGAACCUGAUGACCCCGACGCGUUUAAUCAUGCCUCGGUUUGGCAACACGAGCGCGCACAGUCAGAAGUCAAACAACUCUAACAAGAUCUCUUCGACGGUGUUCACUCCGCCUGCGCCUGAGUCGGCCGGGUUAAUCACGAGUCAGGACUUAUUUUUAAGUCAAUCAAGCACGCAGUCAAAUGAUUCAACUCGCUCAUGGAAGCGAUCACCUAUCACCGUACUGCAAUGGGUGCGCCGAAAAAUGUAAUUUUUACGU